UCCAAAUUUGUUUCAAUAUAUGGCAUGUGGUGCGUUGGCUUAUUGGCAGUCCACCCACGUUUAUUUUCCACAUGCACACAUACGCAAAUAUGUUGGAGCUUUGGGGUGCACACUUAUGGGCCUACCAUACAAGUGAAUGGUUGUACAUGGCCUUGGUGUAAACAGUGAUGCUUCUGCCCAUCAAUGUAUACCCGUUCAUGCGAGUAAGACGGAUUUUCUUAAAAAUGAAGGUUCAUGUUUGGAAAAUACAUUGAACACACACCAAUGCACAGAAGAAUAAGUAUUUAUGCAAUUAAAACUUGCAUGGCAGGCUGUACACACCAGCACUGGAGCUCCCUGGGCACCGGGAAUUUUAGGUUAGGCAUAUAAAAUGCCUACAUCUGUGGGCAUAAGACCUAAAACUCCCAUGGAUACAAAACUAGCACUGCUUGCCUUCUUCUCUUUUAGGGCUUAGAAUUCGAUUCGAUGCUACAGGUGCACUUUUACUCCAUCUCAUUUUCAUGUCUCGUUGCAUCUGACACCUCUAAUGUCUAUUGUCACUCUGGCGUUUCCCUCACUCUACCCCGCCCUGUAUGUUUCCCUUGGACUAAUGGUCUCCCCUCUCAUAGAGAUGGACCCUUCCGGCACGCUCUGGCAGUUUCUCCUGCAGCUGCUGGAGGAGCAGAGCCACCGACACCUCAUCUCCUGGACCUCCAAUGACGGCGAGUUCAAGCUCUUGGAUGCGGAGGAGGUGGCGCGACUCUGGGGCCUGCGGAAAAACAAGACCAACAUGAACUACGACAAGCUAAGCCGAGCUUUGAGAUACUACUACGAUAAGAACAUUAUCAAGAAAGUCAGUGGGCAAAAGUUUGUGUACAAGUUUGUGUGUUAUCCGGAUCCCUGUGGAGAGGCCUCCAAGGAUGAUGGAAAAAGUAGGGAGUCUGUGAAUGAACUGGUCCAAUCGCUCAAGCCUGGAGACAGCUCCCUAUAUGUCCCUAAGAUGGCGAGGAGCAGCCCCAAGACCAGCCGAAAUGAGUAUAUGCGAUCCGGCCUGUAUUCCACCUUCACCAUCCAGUCUCUGCAGGCCCCACCCACCACGCAUUCCAGGACUAGCAAACUGGAAGCUUUGCCUCCAACUGAAGCUCCUCCCCUGCAGGAGGUCGGGAGUCAGAGCGUUGACCUUCCCCAGUAUGAGUCCAUGGAUCAGAGUGAUGCAGAUCUUUCUCUGGAAGUCAACAUCCACAGCAGCAAAGAACUUCAACUACAUGUCACAGUGGACCCCCCAACUCCGGAUAUCAAAGUGGAGGAUUCUCUUGAAGAUGCAUCCUCCGAUGUAGAAGACCUCUCCGAACCCCAGGUCUUUCUGGCAUCUCUUCCUGAGAUAAAGACUAUGAGCUCAGAGCAGCCGCUGGCUCAGGAGAUCUUGGUUGUCAUCAAUUCUCCAGAGAAAGAUGAAGUAAAAGCUAAGGACGAUCUUCAGGAAGGAGAGAAGAAAGAGGAGGCACCAGUCCCGCCACAGGAAGGACAUCCUGUUAAAGGGAAGAAGCCAAAAGACCUGGAAAUCCCCUUCUCUACUGUGAUUGGACAGGAAAAGAUGAAUGCUGCUGUUAACUCUUUGCUGGCUCCUGGGAGUGCAUCGUCAGUCAUCACUUCUCAUUCACUGACUCCUCUGCUGCUCACUCCAAGCUCCCUGCCUCCUUCCAUCCACUUCUGGAGUACACUCAGCCCAAUUGCUCCCCGGAGUCCAGCCAAGCUGUCCUUCCAGUUCCCAGCCAAUGGAAACAGCCAGAUCCAUGUUCCAACUCUCAGUGUUGAUGGGCUGUCCACCCCUGUUGUGCUAUCUCCUGGACCUCAGAAGCCAUAAGGAACUCAUAGAGCUGUGACCUCUUAAGACUUUUUAAAUACACAAUGUUUUAUCUCUUAACGCACCAACACCCAUGCGGCCUGCCUUGGGAUCUAUGAUAGCUUUUUGUCUGCGUUAUCUGUUGAAAGAGAUGUAAUUUUUGUGUUGUACCACCUGCUCGGACACACUCUGCCUUUCCCCUUGGUAGAUGACUCUACAUCAUCAAUGAUGUAAUCUUGAAUGCAUCAAGUUACACUAAAGAGGAAGACCUUAUGUAUGAGCUGGUCUGAGGACCACAGAUGUCUGCGCUCUCCCAAACUUGUUGACCAAGAAAAGGUUUACGUAUACGGAGGUCUGGAAAGCAAGUAUAGAUCCAGAAUGUAUGCGUGGGAGCUAACAGUGACAAACAACAGAUGUUGUUCAAGAGCACAGUAAUAUUGCAAAUCAUGUAUUUGUGAACAAAACAGGAAUGUGACUCUAGGUCAAGAGAUGAAGUAUGUUUUUGUGACACAAAGGUGAUCACUGUUUUUUCAGGUCGAGAGGUUUUUAUUUUAAUUUUUUGGUGUGGUGGUUAAGGAACUAUACACCAACACCUAGGAACUUCUCCCUCAAGAAAUAUUAUUUGAAGGCCACAAAAAACACUGGAUGUACAAUGUGCUCAUCUUUGCAAGAUGCAGGUUAAAAAAUUAUUUUGUUAAACCAAACUUACAGAGCCUCCAUUAUACUCACCGAAAUUUUUUAUAAGACUUUUCCUCAACUUUUGCUUUCCAUGAGCAGCACAAAAUUACAGGCUCAGAUUUUAAAAGACUAAUAAAAGUGAGCCUGUUCCCAGCACAUGGGGGUUCGAAAUCUAAAUAUCCAUUGUCUGCUGAGAUGAAGAACAAAGAAAAAGAUGGAGUUUAGGGAAAAAUUCAUUCCAGAUAAUGCCGGUCUUUUAAAAAAAAUAUAUAGUUUUCAUAUGGGAGGACGAGCCUAAAUCUGCAAAAGAUUGAAAAAGGGAUGACUUUCACUGGUUACAUAGAAACCAAAAGAAGGACACUCAAAAGAGAACGUGAGGGAAUCUUUGAGGAAAUGUUCAAGGUUUGAGUGAAUAAUAAAGUUGGCAAAUACAAAA